UAAAUGAAUGAAGAGUGCACAUUAUAAUCCUUUCCUUAUGAAAUAACACGAUACAGAUACGAGUUGAUUGAACUGUUAAUAAAUAGAAACAGAGCAUGGUAAAACGGUCUGUAGAUGUGGUAAAUUUAAAAACUAGAGACGCAACAGGACAUAUUUUGGUUCGGCUAAUCGAAUGAAAAAGGAAUAGUUGAGCGCAUCCAAUGCCAUUUAAUGUUUACUUUGAAAAGCAGGAUUCCCUUCACCACAUUAACAUUUUAGCAUAAGAAAGGUAAGCCCCGAGAGAACCAAGGUGAUUUAUUCAUCAUCUACCUUCGGAAUGGAAGAUGGAGAAAGCAGGAGAAGGAGCAGACUUUCGUCUUAUGAGAGAGUGGCAGCCAUAAGCUUGGUGGUUCUAGCAGUGGCUUCUCCUCUCUAUAUAGACCACAGAGCAGAGAGUGAAUUAGAUGAUGAGCAAUCCAUAAACUUUGCGUUUUUGUUGCCCUUGCUGCUCUUUGUAUUGAUUUUAGCCACAGCUUUAUCGGCUUUUCUUGAUCGCAACUUCACCAGGUUUGAUCGCCACUGGAUUCAUAGAGUUGGUGGUUCUUCUGGAGGUAUUGUCUUAAUUCUUGUAGUCCUAUUUCUAGUGUUGAAGUGUAAAGCGUCUGUGUAACAAGAUACCAUGAACCAACUAUGUAGUUAGAUAUGCAGCAACGUCUUUGUGUCGUGUUUAUGAAAAAAUAUACGAAACCGCUUAAUAUUUGGCGAGUAAUCAUCCUGUGUUUACUAUUUAGUACAUUCAUGAAUGGAGAUAUAUUCCAUGAAUGAACCUCAAUACACUAAAAAGAAUGUACAGGAGGAGCCAAAGCAUAUUUGUGUUCAAUGACUAAGAUUAUAACUACUCAAAUUUUUCAUUAACGGCUUGUUCUUAAAAGAUAAUGAUACACUUUUCUUUUUCUUAACGGGCCGAGUCUCCAACAACACCUAGUUGACCCAUCAUCCUCUUCAUUUUUGGACAAGUGACGCUCGAGUGAAAAGGAAGAAAUAAUGGAGAUAUCCAUGAAUGAACCUCAAAACACCAAGACUAAAGUAUAAAUUAAUCUUACUAGUGUUGACAUAUCCACCUACGUGCAUGAUAUCUGCAAAAGGUUUGCAAGGUUGAAUUGCAAAAAGUCCAUAUCAUAAAUUUCGUACACACAAAUUAUAUGAAGCAAUUGGCUUGAAUGUCCUGACAAUUUCUUUUUCAAUAAGGAAAAUAUUCUCCUUAGGUAGUAAUCUAUCCAAUUUCAGUAAAAUUAUAACGACAAACUAAAAACUAAAUGCAACCAUAACUAAAGUAUGAAAUAGCUACAUCCUACCACCCACAUACUACUACCUAGUGUUGGUCAAUCAUGAGCAUAGCUGCACUUAUCAUUAGCUCCACAAAAAUAACUGUUUUGUUAUUUUAACCGCACCACUCCAAAAAGGCAACGCUACCGCUAAAGAAUACACAAACCAGCAGCCAGUUGAUCCACCUUCAACGCAUGUUCUCAUUAAUUAUUUCAUAGAGGAGAAUUGAUAAAAUACAUAGCGAACACACAAUAAGCAUCCCAAACAAUCGAGAAUUACAUCAAGAAAAUGCAUACCUGCUAUUUCUGAACCAUAGACGGGGCGAAAGGAGAACUUAGAGUAUUGUCAGAAGUACCAUCAUAAAUUAUGUAAUCUGAAGGGAAUUUGAUUAUACGGUGAGGGAGGGCUUCGUAUUGUCAGAUAUCACUGCCAGUUUCUCAAGCCACCUUUACUUUCACAUGGAUAGAAUUUGAAGAUAAAAAGAAUGAUCCUCGCGUUGCGGUUUAGGCCUCGGUGGUUAUGGAGCUCAAUUGCCCUUUCAGAUAAGCACUUGUUUGUGACAUCCGUUAAUAAUCAAUACAGAUGAUUAUCCAUAUUUACACUGACUUUAAAUUUGAUAGAAUACCCAACACAACAAGUAUCCGUUCAUUAGGGGAUUGGGGAGGGAUUACACCAUUUGUCUAAGACCAAGUCCAGAAGAAAAAUGCAUAUCUCGCAUUUACACUAACUUUAAACUUAAGAGAAUACACGACACAAUCAAUAUCCUUUUAUUUGGGGAAAGGGGAGGGGUUACAUCAGUUGUCUAAGGCAAGGUCCAGAAAAAAAAAUGCGUACUUCCAAAUACAAAUGUCAG